AUGUUAUUGAAAAAGCUGCAAGGAGCGAGUGUACUGGCCAAACAGGCGUUAUUUUUCCGCGCCGAUGAGCCAGCUUUGAUCGAAGGCAAGUUCAGCAUUGUUCUCGCCAGCUUGGAUCGCAAGACGUUCAGAAUUGUUAUUCACUCGAAGCAAACUGUGUUGGCUGAAUUGACGGUUAUCAGUCCAAAGUCAGUUCAAGUGAAAGAUUCGCUGCGGAUCGAUAUCACCGACCACACUGCUUGUCAAUGGAUUGUUCAGUUCAAGGCAGAGAACGACUUGUUCGACUUUCUGAAAUGGCUAUGUGUGGCGCUGUCUUCAACAAGAGAGCGAAAUGUGAUCUAUUACGACAUUGCGCAAGGAAUCGGAGAGCCUGUAGGUUUAGGCGACCUAGUUGAAAUCGAAUACACCGAAUACCUUAUUGAAAACGGUCCUCGAGUGACGGAAUUUAAUGGGAAUUUACAUUCCGAUCGUCUGUUAAAAGUUCGAAUAGGCAAAGACAAGGUGCCAAAGGGCUGGGAAGAAGGCCUGCUUACUGUUCGCAAAAACGGAAGACGCAUCUUUUUGAUACCGCCAGAUGUCGGUUGCUCUUUGCACGAUUCAAGCUCGUCAAAAGUUCCUAUCAUUGUCUACGUUCACAUAAAGAACGUGCAAACUGCUUUCGAUCCGUGCAUUCGACGAACGGCGUCGACCAGUUCUAGCAGAAUCGUUAACGGUCGUCAUUCUCGCAGAAAAGUUUUCUCUCGCAAGAAGAGCAGAUCGUUUGGGUCGGAUACUGAUGUCAAAGAGGAGAAGACAUCUUCGACGUUGUGUUCGCGAAACGGCGGGGAAUCAUUGGCGCUUGAUGAGAUCGAUCGAGUAUCUACCAUUGAUCGCUCAACUAAUCUUACGGGUUCCCUGGACGACAUCCAUUUGCGAGAGUCGUUUGACGAAAUUGAGCCGAAUAGCUGCCGCAGGAAUUCGGCAGAACUCGCUAUAUUUUGCGUUGAGCUUACUCGCAACAGAGACCUGGAUUGCGUCCAGUUUAAGUUCCCGUAUUCUCUGACCGAAUACAGGGCUCUCACGUCAUCAUAUUGUCAUCUGUGCGCUCAUUCCGCCAGUAGUUCUGCGGUAGCUACUGGUCACAACUCGCCACUGUUCCCUCUGCCGCCAGCACCGUCGCUGACGCAGAAUGUACAGGUUUUCGACGUUUCUAGUCAAGACAAUGGCCUGUCGUCGACGGCUAGCGGAGGUCAGCUCAGUGUCAACCUUGACGACCUAUAUUGCAGGAUGAGCGAACUGAAUGAGACAGUCGAGACGAAAAUGGACCAGAUCUGCAACACUAUGCAGUCGUUCUUUGGCUUACAGUCUCAGCGGCACGGGAUUAUGACGGCUGACCGGCGAUUCGCUAACGUGCUUAACCAAAAACUGGCCGAGUUGCAGAAUCAGGCAUACAUAACUACUCACUAUUCUCAUUUUCAUGUUGAUGGAUUUCCGGUCAAUUAUAGCUGCUUACUCGAAAUCGGGAACGCUUAG